ACAGAUCCUCCUCUGUGCUUUGUCUCCUCCGGUGUCUCUCUUUGAGAAACUUGUCUUUGUCUUAUCCUCUGUCCUCCACACACCGACACUUACACCACCUCCAGCUAACGUUAAACCCAGCGGGAGGAUCUGGAUUCAGUGACCGGGACAGAGGGCAGGGAGACGUGCUGAGUGCACAAGGAGGAGCCGGUGUUUGUCUGGUUCUUUUGCUCCGGGACCUGAUGGAUUUUACUUAAACUGCCUGUCCUUAAAAACCACUAACAAUGACCUUUCUGCUGCUAAUGCUAAUUAGACUGUCUGCUAAUUAGCCGACGGUGCUAACCAGGUUAGUUAAAUGAGUUAAGUAGUUAACACUGCCGCUGUUUUGAACUCUUAACUCCGACACGUUCUCCGUCUGUUAAAGUGCCUGCUUUUUAAAGCUAAAGGUGCUAAUUAACACAGCAGCUAGCCUCGGCUAAGACUGAGAUUAAAUGUAGUCUUGGUUAAACGGACCGAAACCAGGCUAAAUGUGUCGUUUGGAGGGUGAAGCUCAGCCCUCGGUGUGUGUGUCGUUGUUUUGAGUUAGACUUCACAGUCAGAUUUUAAUUUAGUUUUGAAUGUAGUUUGGCCUGGUUUACAUAGAGAUAGAUUCAGUCUGUGGUUUAAAAUUGGCUUUAGUGUGGACUACGUUUGGUUUAAAUGGGUUUAAACUGGACUUUAACUGUUGAGUUUGUUUUUGUUAAAAGGCGUUAGUUCUGGGUCACUAGUGUUGUUAUUGGUGUAUUUCCUGUCUGGAUGUGGUUUUGAGUUCAGUUGGACUUUUAUUUAAGGGAGUUUUGAAUGUAGUCUGAUCUGGCUCACACAGAUUAAAUUCAGACAGUUUUUGUCUUAAAUUUAGACUGAGUUUGGCUUAAGGUUGUUAAACUGGACUUUAAAUGAGGAAGGAGUUGGUGAACUGGGUAGGAAGUGUACUUAUUACUGAGUUGAUGGUACUGGGUUUAAGCUCAUUUGGGUCAUAAGUGUCUUUAUUAGUGUUUAUUUCCAGUUUGAAGUCAAAGUAGACUUUAGGUUAAAGGGGUUUUGAAUGCCAGCUGGUUGGGUACAUGUCAUGUAGAUGGGUUAAAUUGAGUUUAAAUUAAGUCCUGGGCUCAGACCAGGCUGGUGAAACAGUCCUGUGUUAAACUGGGUUAUAAUUGUAUUGUAUACAGGGCUUACUGGUCUAGGAACACGUUUAGACACAGUUUUUGGUUUAAGUGUCCUGUUUGGAGUUCACUACUGGUUUUUGGUUCAGUCAGGCUUUUGUUUGAUGGGGUUUUGAAUGUAGUCAGGGGACAUGGACUCAGGUGGAGUUUGGAUUUUGGUUAACUUGAGUAAAUGGACUAAACUAGUCCUGUCCUAAACUGGGUAGUCGGUGUAGUCUGGCCUGGGUUUAGUGGGGGUCUAGAAGCAGGUAGUCCAGGUUUAAGUUCGGUUCUGGAUCACAAGUGUCCUUAUUUAUUUCUGGUUUACUUAAAGGUUUUGUUAGACUUUGGUUUAAUCAGAUUUUGAAUGUAGUCUGGUCUAGUUUACAGGGACAGACUGUGGUUUAAAACUGGUUUUAAAUGUAGUCAGACCUUGUCUUUUCUGUCCUUGUGAAGACAGCCAUUGCUGGUUUUGAAGUUUUAAAGAGUCCUUCUGGUUUUCAUUGGUCUUUGAUGCAGUUAGUCCAGGUCUAAGUGGGGUGUAGUCCCAGGUUUGGCUCAUGAUGGCAGAGCUCCACCAGACUCCCACCUCUCUAUGCUGCUGUCGGAAGUCACUGCCAAUCUCUGGGGCACGUUGUGUUGGGUACUCCACAUGGCCCUCAGCAGCUCCAGGUCCCGGGUCUCCACGGUGCCCCCUGGUGGAUGUGGCCUCAGCGUCUAACUUCAGUUGCUUCCAGCUGCGACACUUCCACUUGGACCUGCGGCUGAACUUUGCUGUGAAGGAGAUGAGCGGCUGGCUGGUUCUGGAUCUGAUCCCAGUACAGGCGGGCAUUCACACCCUGGUCCUGGACUCCCACCCCUCUCUGUUAAUCCACUCCAUAGACUGUAAGGUCCCUGGGGCCGGACAGGAGGAGCCCGUCUCCCUCACAUAUCGGAUCGACCCGUUCACAGAUUAUGGAUCAUCGCUCAACAUCAGCCUGCCAACAGCAGCCGUGAAACCAGGCCGACUGAUCCAGAUCACAAUCCGCUACAUCACCACAGAUGGCCCAGCGAUUUGGUGGCUGGACUCUGAGCUGACCUGUGGUCAGUCUCGUCCUCUGGUCUUCACUCAGGGUCACUCUGUGUGUAACCGCUCCUUCUUCCCCUGCUUCGACACACCGGCCGUCAAGAGCACAUACACCGCUACUGUCAGGGUCCCAGAUGGAGUGACGGUUCUGAUGAGUGCAUCUCGGAGUUCCUACUCCAAACAGGACCGGGUCUUCCAGUUCUCCAUGGAGUUUCCUGUCCCAUCUUACCUGGUGGCGUUGGUGGCCGGAGAGCUGCAGCACGUGGACGUCGGCCCAAGAAGUCGUGUGUGGGCGGAGCCAUGUCUGUUGUCCUGUGCAGUGAAGAAGUUGGGAGGCAGUGUGGAGCGCUGGCUGGGCGUGGCCGAGGAGCUUUUUGGGCCUUACCUGUGGGGCAGGUGUGACAUCGUGUUCCUCCCCCCCUCCUUCCCGAUCGUUGCCAUGGAGAACCCGUGUCUCACCUUUAUCAUCGCCUCCAUCCUGGAGAGCAGCGAGUUUCUGCUGAUCGACGUCAUCCACGAGAUCGCCCACGGCUGGUUUGGAAACGCCGUCACCAACGCCACGUGGGAGGAGAUGUGGCUGAGUGAAGGGCUGGCAACAUAUGCCCAAAGGAGGAUAACUACUGAGGCCUACGGUGAGGCGUUCACCUGUCUGGAAACUGUCGUGCGAUUGGAUGCCCUCCACAGACAGUUGCGUCUCCUUGGAGACAACAACCCUAUGAGUAAACUACAGGUCAAGUUUGAGCCAGGUGUUAACCCCAGCACUCUGAUGAACCUGUUCACCUACGAGAAAGGUUUCUGUUUUGUGUCGUACCUGUCUCAGCUCUGUGGUGAUGUCCGCCGCUUCGACUGUUUCCUCAGGGAUUACAUCUCACAGUUUAAGUUUAAAAGCGUUGUGGCUCAGGACCUCAUCGACUACUUCCUGGGUUAUUUCCCCGAGCUGCAGGGCGCGGCUGUGGCUCAGAAAGAAGGUCUGGAGUUUGAGCGCUGGCUCAGCGGCUGUGGGCCUCCUCUGUAUGAACCGGAUCUGUCAGCAGGGGGCACUCUGAUCCAGCCGGUCCAGGAUCUGUGUGAUCUGUGGAGGAGCAUCGAGUCCCCAGACCUGCAGACCCUGACCACCUUUGACCUCUCAGCCUGGAGCACCUUUCAGAUCGUCCUUUUCCUGGACCGCAUGCUGGACCACUCACCGCUGCCACACGAUGUGAUGGUGAGUCUGUCUGGUUGUUACUCGACUCUGUUUGAUGGUCUGAAUGCUGAGGUUCAGAUCCGCUGGCUGCAGAUGGUGGUGAGGAACACAUUCUACCCAGACCUGCCCCGUGUCCGGGCCUUCCUCCACAAACACACGUCCAGGAUGUAUACGUUGCCACUGUACGAGGACCUAGUUGCCGGGGUGAUGAAGUGCGUUGCUGUGGAGAUUUUCUACCAGACUCAGCGUCGCCUACAUCCAAACCUGAGACGGACGUUACAGCAGAUCCUGUUCCAGACGAGCUCCGCCCCAGCCAAUCAGAAUGGUCCAGCUCUGUCCACGUUACCCCCUUCCCCCUCCCCCUCCACACAGCCACCACAGCCUGCUGCCACAGCAACAGCCUCUGCUGCCGCCGCUGGAACAACAACCGCUAUCGCUCUGAGGGACGUCAACGUGUCAGCGUGAAGUACACCUUUACAGUGGUGACGGAGUGAUGGAGGGUCAAUGCUCUUACUUGGUCUGUUGUUCCCAUGGUGACAAAAUGUUGUCAUUAUCAGAUGUGUGAUGUAAGGUGUUGCUGUGGCAACAGCAGCCGCUAACUGAGGGCUACAGACAUGAAAGUUUAAGCACUGUGAUAUCACGACAUGAAGUUCACUCCAGAGCUUUUAAAGUCUGGGUCGUGGGUGGUUAAACUGGGGGGUGGGGGGUCAGAUAUCAUGGUGUGGGGCUGCUGCUUCAUCAUGUGACAGUUUUUAAGCUCAACUCAAAACUCUCCAUGUUCCUGAGGGUCUGCAGACGCACCUGGGUAUACUCCACACCUGUACCCUGAGUUCAUCAGGACCUUUAACCUUUGAGCUUUUGUGUUGGUCAAACUGUGACCAGAGUGUGGUGAAGAUUGAAACUUUUAGAUUUUUGCUCUUGGUGCAAUUUAACUGAUGACUUGAAAAGAGACGUGACUUUUGUUCUGUGCUUCAGUCUCAGCAGAAUCAGUUUGAUGCGAUCGGUUUGCUUUUGAGUCCAGCUCAGGUGAGGCUCCAGCAAGGUGACCUCACUGCUGAAUCAUUCUUCAUUUUUAAGUUCAGUGAUCUUGGCAUUAUUAACCAAUCCUUUGCAGAAAACCUGGUUAGUGAACAGAACCUGUGUGAGGGUUGUCUAUGAUCAGAUAAGCUGCAGGUGCUCAUGGAUGUUCAUGGUCUGUCCUGCAGCAUGUGGAGGUUCCUCAGAGGCACACUUGGCUGAUGAGGACAUCCUGACACCCAGACACUGACACUCACUCUCACUCUCUCUCACACACACACACACACACACACACAC